AUGGUCGUUUCUGCAAUCGACUUAGUAGGGCCAAAUUUGGGAGGAACAUUUAGUCAAAAUUAUUAUCUAUCGAAUGAAAAUAUAUCGCUUUCAACUCUUUGCAAAAAAUUUCUUACGCUUCCGAUGCCGUUCACAGUAACAAUCGUUCGUUGCCCGAAAUGUAAUCAGGCUGUUUACCACGCUGAAGAAGUACAAGCAGCGGGUAAAAAAUGGCACAAAACAUGUUUUAAAUGUGGCUUGUGCAGAAAGAUGUUAGAAUCAACAACACUCGCUGAACAUGAAGGCGAUCUGUUCUGUAAACAAUGUUAUGCGCGUAAAUUCGGCCCAAAAGGCGUAGGCUUUGGUGGAGGUGCAGGUACACUCGGUAUGGACACAGGAGAACAUCUUGGAAAUACAGCGGGUUCCGAAAUGACAAAUAAACCACAUUAUGCUCCACCGCCUGGUCUUGAUCAACAAUGA